UUUCUCACACAAAGCCUCUUGUCCAACCGCAGCUAGGGUUUUGCUCCGCCGCAACGCACGAUCCAGAUUCCUACACUUCCCUAACCCUACCCAACCCUGCACCUCCCGGCGGCGGCGGCGGCGAGCAGCAGUCAGCGGCAAGAUGAGGCCUAUUCUCAUGAAGGGGCACGAGCGCCCGCUCACGUUCCUGAAGUACAACCGGGACGGCGACCUGCUGUUCUCAUGCGCCAAGGACCACACCCCCACCGUCUGGUACGCCGACAACGGCGACCGCCUCGGCACCUACCGCGGCCACAACGGCGCGGUAUGGUCCUGCGAUGUCUCCCGCCACUCCGCGCGUCUCAUCACGGGGAGCGCCGACCAGACUGCCAAGCUCUGGGACGUCAAGACGGGGAAGGAGCUCUUCACCUUCAGGUUCGACGCCCCCGCGCGCUCCGUCGACUUAGCCAUCGGCGACCACCUGGCGGUCAUCACCACCGACAGUUUCAUGGGGAAUAUGCCCACCGCGCAGGUCAAGCGCAUCGCCGAGGACCUGCAAGACCAAACGGAGGAGUCAGCUCUUGUGAUCUCCGGCAUCACGGGGAGGAUUAACAGGGCCGUGUGGGGGCCCGGCAACCGGACCAUCAUCACCGCCGGUGAGGAUGCCACCAUCCGCAUCUGGGACUCUGAGACCGGAAAGCUGCUGAAGGAGUCAGACAAGGAGGUUGGACAUCAGAAGGCAAUUAGCUCACUGUCAAAAUCCUUAGAUUGGUCUCAUUUCCUCACAGGUUCCUUGGAUAAAUCUGCUAAGCUAUGGGAUGCAAGAACACUGACCCUGAUAAAGACAUAUGUCACAGAGCGACCGGUUAAUGCUGUUGACAUAUCUCCUACUCUUGAUCAUGUGGUUAUUGGAGGUGGCCAAGAUGCUAUGAAUGUUACUAUGACAGAUCGUCGUGCUGGUAAAUUUGAGGCCAAAUUUUUCCACAAGAUUUUAGAAGAAGAGAUUGGUGGUGUUAAAGGACAUUUUGGACCUAUCAAUGCAUUAGCAUUUAAUCCUGAUGGGAGGAGCUUUUCGAGUGGUGGUGAGGAUGGAUAUGUGAGGCUACACCAUUUUGAUCCUGAGUAUUUCAACAUCAAGAUGUAAGCCUAUGAAUUUCUCAAGGCUGCAAUUGAGAGACCUCCCUAGUACCCUGGAGAGAACAUAGCUUUUUUUUUGGGCUCAAUUUGUGAGAGAACUUAACUUAGCUGGAUGGUCUACUAUGUAAUAGCACCUUUUCAUACAAUCAGCAAUGGAGAUGCUUAAAUGGGUGACAUGGUGUUGCUCUGUCAGUGUUGUUUAUUCCAAAACAUUCUACUUUUGAUUCGAUGUCCAUUCUGCUGAACAUAGUACAUGGAUGCGCAGCUAGGUGUUGUAGUUUUGUCAA